AUGAAACUUCAGGUGCUCUCGGCGAGUCGUGCCACUGACACCUGUGGACAUCUUUGUGGGAAGAAGUCUCCCCUGCUGCCCGUAGAGGAGGAGCUGGGCUCGGAUGGGGACCGCUCUACUACCGCCACAAGCAGGGUGCCCCAGACACCGUCACCUGUUCACGAGACCGACACCGCCAAAUCAAACAAGCCCUACACGCGCCGCCCGAAGCCGCCCUACUCCUACAUCGCUCUCAUCGCCAUGGCAAUCCGGGACUCGGCCACCGGCCGGCUGACACUCGCCGAGAUCAACGACUACCUGAUGAAAAAGUUUCCUUUCUUCCGCGGGAGCUACACGGGCUGGCGAAAUUCCGUCAGACACAACUUGUCGCUCAACGACUGUUUCUUGAAGGUGCUGCGUGAACCCGCGCGCCCAUGGGGCAAGGACAACUACUGGAUGCUGAACCCUCACAGCGAGUACACGUUCGCCGACGGGGUGUUCCGCAGGAGACGGAAACGUCUCGUGACCACCAAGAAGAGAAGUGUGGAGGAGGACCCCGAGAACGGAGAAUUUGACACCUGUGACCAAAAACGCACCCAUGCGUCCACCCCUAUUCCCCCCGUGCGUAACGAGGGUAGAUUCACCGGUCCGUUUGCCAUCGACAGCAUCCUCAGCACACCUGCUACUUUCAACCCACGAGACGACCAACACAAAUUGGACUGUGUCUCCUCCAGAUUAGGCCACGACAGAGACGUGCGGUCAGGGUAG